UAUGUUAGUCUCGCAGACAUGAACAGCAAAGAGAUGAUCAAAGAGAUGCUGAAAGGCCAUAUAUGCAAAGAUUCGUCUUCUAACCCGCCUUUAUUGUGGCCGAACCUCCAAACACUGGUUUUGGAAAAUUGGAACGUUAGUGAUGAAAUCGAGCUGCUGCUCAAGCUAUUGUAUGUUCGAGAGCGGGCAGGAUCACCUAUCAAACAACUGAAGCUACGCAAUUCAGAAGCAAACACGUUCAAAGCAAUUUCACCAUGGCUGCGAAGUAAACUGGAUGAGCUGGUUUCAGUCGAGUUGGAAACAGAUCUUCCUCCGUGGUUGAUCUGAUUUCUGCUUUCCAAGAAAUCAUGGUCAUCGCAGUCACGGGCUUAGAUUCUUAGGCAUCCUAAUUCUAUUUGUUGGCUUAACCAUGUAAACGUUCCCCACAGCACAGCAGUCACGGAUUCUCUUACUUUAUCCCCAGUAGAUUUUACAAUUGAACAAAGCGCGUAUACCGCUUGAUU